AUUGCUGCUGACCCCACCUUCCCUUCCUCUCCAACUCCCCCCCUCUCCGGCCACACGCUCCCCCCGUCUCUCUCUAACACCUCCACAUACUCUCUCUCUCUCUCUCUCUCUCUCUAGAGUCUAGACCUCACCAGAGAGUCCAGAACACCAUCUCCAAUGGCAGAAGCAACCCAACCAAACCCCACAACCGACCCACGCAGCGGCUUCUCCUCCCAAACCAAAACCUUCCACAGCCUCCGACCACCCAUCCCCCUCCCUCCUCCGACCCAACCCCUCUCUCUCACCGACUACACCCUCUCUCUCCUCCACCUCUCUGUCUCCUCCCCCUCCACCACCCCCUUCCUCAUCGACUCCUCCACCGGCUCCCGCCUCACCUACUCCGACUUCCUCCUCCAAACCCGCUCCCUCUCCCUCUCCCUCCGCUCCUCCUUCCCCUCCCUCUCCAAAAACAACGUCGCCCUCAUCCUCUCCCCUACCUCCCUCUCCCUCCCUGUCCUCUACUUCUCUCUCCUCUCCCUCGGCGUCACCCUCUCCCCGGCCAACCCCCUCGCCUCCCCCUCCGAGUUGACUCACAUGGUCCGACUCACCAAACCCGUCCUCGCCUUCACCACGUCGUCGCUCGCUCCCAAACUCCCAGCCUCCCUCCCCCUCGGCACCGUCCUGGUCGACUCGCCCGAGUUCCGAACAAUGAUGACGACAAACGAAAAUACAAGAGAUUACGGUAAAACUGAAGUAGACCAAUCGGACACGGCCGCGAUUUUGUAUUCGUCCGGGACGACUGGACGAGUCAAGGGUGUUGAGUUAACUCACCGGAACUUCAUAUCCCUGAUCGCGGGGUUUUACUAUUUGAGGAGGGGGGAGGAGGAGGAGGAGGACGCGCCGCAUCCGGUGGCGCUGAACCCGCUGCCGUUGUUCCACGUGUUCGGGUUUUUUAUGCUGAUUAGGGCGGCGGCGUUGGGGGAGACGAUUGUGCUGAUGGAGAGGUUCGAUUUCGAGGGGAUGCUGAGGGCGGUGGAGAGGUAUAAGGUGACUUACAUGCCGGUGUCGCCGCCGCUGGUGGUGGCGCUGGCGAAGUCGGAGGUGGUGGCGCGGUACGAUUUGAGCUCACUUCGGGUGCUCGGGUGCGGCGGCGCGCCGCUGGGGGAGGAGGUGGCGGAGAGGUUUGGGAAGCGGUUCCCCGGGGUCGAGAUAGUGCAGGGAUAUGGUCUAACUGAAACAGGAGGAGGGGCAACAAGGAUGCUAGAGCCAGAGGAAACUAAGCGGCCUGCAACUGUUGGUCGCCUAGCUGAGAUGAUGGAAGCUAAGAUAGUUGAUCCUGUAACUGGAGAGGCCUUACCUCCUGGACACCGAGGAGAGCUAUGGUUACGAGGGCCUAGUGUAAUGAAAGGUUAUGUUGGUGACAAUGAAGCAACUGCUGCAACGUUGGAUGCAGAGGGCUGGUUGAAGACUGGUGAUCUCUGUUACUUUGACUCUGAUGGAUUCCUCUAUAUCGUUGAUAGAUUAAAGGAACUGAUAAAGUACAAGGCCUAUCAGGUUCCCCCGGCUGAGUUGGAACAUUUGCUUCAAUCAAAUACAGAUAUUGUUGAUGCUGCUGUCAUUCCAUAUCCUGAUGAAGAAGCCGGGCAGAUCCCAAUGGCCUUUGUAGUAAGAAAACCUGGGAGCAGUAUCACUGAAGCUCAAAUUAUGGACUUCAUUGCAAGACAGGUUGCGCCUUACAAGAAGAUUCGACGGGUUGCAUUUGUCAACUCUAUUCCAAAAUCUCCAGCAGGAAAAAUCUUAAGAAGGGAACUGGUCGAUCACGCUCUCUCUGGCACUUCAUCUAGAUUGUGAUUCAAAGGUUACUUGUGUACUCAAAUCUUAGUGAAUUGCCUAGUCAGAAAAUCAAUUCAGCUAAACAAGUGAAUUGUACGGUAAAGUCAUUUUAAUUUAUCCACUUGUUAGUACUA